AUGCAAUCGGGUAUGCGGGUCUGUGUGGCCACCGCGGCUCUGCUCGGCCCGGUCUGCCAUGGCUGCUGCAGCCGGGUUCGGAGUCCGUGCGUCCGUGGCUUCGGAUGGUCGCCGACGCGGACGAGCAGGUGGAACAGUCAGGAACAGUCCCCACCGAUCCGGGACAACAACCCCCGUGUCCUUAUCACAGGUGGCCUUGGUCAGUUAGGUGUGGGUCUUGCACAGCUACUGCGGAAACAGUACGGAUCAGAGAAUGUAAUCCUGUCAGACAUCAAGAAGCCUCCGCCGCAUGUGUUUAGCAGUGGCCCAUUUGUAUAUGCUGAUGUGUUGGACUACAAACACCUCAGAGAACUGAUUGUGAAUAACCGCAUCACUUGGCUGGUCCACUACAGUGCUCUGCUUAGUGCGGUGGGGGAGGCUAACGUGGCGUUGGCUCGCAAGAUCAACAUCACAGGCCUUCAUAAUGUUCUGGAUUUGGCUUUGGAAAACUGCCUACGGCUUUUUGUCCCCAGCACCAUUGGUGCAUUUGGGCCCUCCUCUCCGCGUGACCCCGCACCUGACCUCUGUGUCCAAAGGCCUCGCACCAUCUACGGGGUGUCCAAAGUGCAUGGGGAACUGAUGGGGGAGUAUCUUCAUCAUAAAUAUGGCCUGGACUUCCGCUGCCUUCGCUACCCUGGUGUGAUCUCGGCUAAUACACUACCGGGGGGAGGAACAACAGACUAUGCAGUUCAGAUCUUCCAUGAUGCUCUCAGAACCGGUCACCACGAGUGCUACCUGCGCUCAGACACCCGUCUUCCCAUGAUGCAUAUCUCCGACUGCCACCGUGCCACAGUGGAAUUCAUGCAGGCCCCGGAGUGCCAGCUGUCUCUGCGUACCUACAAUAUUGCUGCCAUGAGCUUCACCCCAGAGGAGGUAGCUCAGGAAAUCCGCAGGCAUCUGCCUCACCUCAAGAUCACCUACAAUCCUGACUCUGUCCGCCAGACCAUUGCCGACAGCUGGCCGGUGAGGUUUGAUGACUCCAAUGCCAGGAGAGAUUGGGGAUGGACACCAAACUAUGGGCUUGAAGAGCUGGUUGCAGACAUGCUCAGCUCCAUUCAAACCAAGAGGACCAAUGAGGGACUGCCAGCCAGCUAGCAAAGCCUGCUUCACACAGACUGAGCAGCCAAUCUUCUACACAAUAAGUCUACUUCAACCUGUGUUUGCGCACAAUACAGUGAAUCUUCCUUUGAUCCAUCAGUUGUCUACCAGUAUCGUCUCUGACCUUGGAAUAUACCAGUGAACCAAGGACAAUUUGCAAAGUAGGAAUCCACAGC